AUGUUGAUUCUUCUUCUUCUUCUUCUUCUUCCCUUCUUCUUCUUCUUCUUCUUCUUCUUCUUCUUCUUCCCUUCUAAUUUUAGUUUCUCCCGUUUCACUCUACGUUUUUCUCGUCUCCAUUAUCUUACUACUACUCCCUACUUGUCACUAUCAAUUGCGAUCAAUUCCUUCAUUAAAUUUCAUUGCUCCUCCUCUUCUUCUUCAUCUUCUACUUCUUCUCUCUCUCUCUCUCUCUCUCUCUCUCUCUCUCUCUCUCUCCUUUUUUCUUCCCUUUUUUCUGCCCUCUUUUCUCUCUUUUUCUCUCUUUGCUUCGGUAUCUCUCUUAGUCUUAUCUCUUCUUCUUCCAUUACUUCGGAUGAAUUUUCUUCGUCCUUCCUCGUAUAUAUCUCUCCCUCUUUCUCGAGCCUUACCUUCCUCCUCUUUUACUCUUUCUUAAUCCUGAUUUCUUCUCUCCUUUCUUUUAUCAACUUCCACAUCCUUUCUUUUUUCUCUCUGUUACCCUCUUUCUCUUUAUCCUUAUUCUUAUUUUUAUUCACUUUUUAA